ACAGAUCGUGAGCGGCUCACUCGCUGUUGGGGUGGGGGGCGUGGCUUCCUGUGUGGCGGGAAGCUGUGCAGGCUGUCUGCGGUAACCAUGGUAACAGCCGGCGGUUCUCCCCCGUGUCCCGGUGAUUAGGAGCUGCCGUGGCUCGUACAGGGACAGUGUUCCGAUAUUGGGUCUCACAUCAAGGCAAAGAAUCCGGGAUCCAAUGGACCGGACACGGGAAGAAGUGGCGGCCACUUUGCAGAUCGCGAAGGUAAACGCAGAGGACUUCCGCAGCACGGUGCAUUGCCUUUCGUUCAAUCAUGCCUUUAAUUCUGGGGACUACAGUCUGAUGGAGCUGGACGAUGCCCUGUGCAAGGAGAUUGAGGCUGGUGGCAGUCUUGUCAUUCGAGGGGAGAAAAGUGAUCAUGCUGUUCUUUGUAGUGAAAGCAAAACCUACGAUCUUAAAAUCGCAGAUACGUCCAACUUGCUUCUCUUUAUUCCUGGAUGUAAAACCCCCGACCAGUUGCUUGUUGAUCAACAGGAACUAAAUGUUGUUCGAUGUGAGAUUGCUGGUUUCUCUAACCAUUACUGGGAACUUCGAAGAUGCCGACCAAAGCUGAAAAAAUUGAAGAAACUUCUGAUGGAAAAUACUUAUGACGGACCAGAAAAUCAGGGUAAUGGAGACAACGACACUUCAUUGUAUACCACAGAUGAUCUAUUGAAUCAAAUUCAAGCCAGCAACGAAGAGUUGUUAGAGCACUUGAAAGUUAUACAUGCGUGUAAUAUUAAAGGUUUUUGGAGAAUUCUUGAUUUUGAUUAUGAAAUGAAGAUUCUUAACCAUGUGACUCAGCUAGUUGAUUCUGAGUCGUGGUCGUUCAGUAAAGUUCCUUUAAAUGAAUGUCUUCAGGAGUUGAGACCCCUGGAGCCAGAGGAAAUGAUUGAGCACUGUCUAAACUGCUAUGGCAAGAAGUUUCAGGAGGAUGGUAAGAUCAAUUAUGUCUAUUUUGCCCUCAAUGAGGACAAAAUAUGCAGAGCUACAGCCCAAAUGCUCCUCCAGAAUGCAGUAAAGUUUAACCUUGCUGAAUUUCAGGAAGUGUGGCAGCAGAGCGUCCCAGAAGGCAUGAUGACUAGGACUGACCAAUUAAAGGGUUUGGCCUUGGUGGAUCGAACAUCUAGACCAGAGACUAUCUGUCUGUUGAAAACUGAGGACUUACCAGAAGACACCCAGGAGCGGUUUAACAGCUUAUUUACUAUGAGAGAGAAGUGGAUGGAAGCGGACAUCGCUCCAUAUAUAAAGGACCUGUGCGGGGAGAAGCAAACCAUCGGAGCACUGUUGACUAAAUAUGCCCGGUGUUCUGUUCAGAAUGGUAUUAAAUUAUAUAAUUCCAGGCGGCCAAUUUCAUAAAUUCAUUCUGUGGAAUAUGUAUGUACAUUUUAUAUGAAAAUGUUUACUAUUUUCUAUUAGUUGGCAACAAAUUGGGGUUAAUUAAAUUGGUAAUUUUGAGGAACCGAAAAGGGGAUUGCACAUAUUAGGCAAAAAUAUAUAACGGGGAAAAAAAGACUCCUUUUUCAACUCGGCUAGGCUAUUUUAGCCUUUU